UCAGUUCCCAGCCUCUUUGUGGUUCACGCCCUGGUCCUAUGGCCUCCACUUGGGAACUCAGAGCAUCCUCUUUCUCCUUCCUGCCGGGGGGUGGCGGCAGCCCAGCUGCCUCUGUCUCUUUAAGAGAGAGAAAGAACGAAAUCAGGAAGUGUGAGAGAGCUGAAAGCCGGCAGGCAGGGAGCUGAGCCAGUGCUGGCCUUUGCUCCCAGCUCCCCUAGCUCCCCGGAGUGGCACCGAGCCACUUCAACUUCAGAUCCCCAGGGUUGGUGGCCACCAGGAUGUGAUGAGUGCUGCCUAUGAAUGACAAAAAGCCCUGACAUCUCUGCGGGCGCCACGCAGUCCCACAAGCCUGCAUGCCCCACAGCCGAGAUGGGCUCAGCUCCUGGACUUGCCACAGACAGAAAACAUAACACACACUCGCCCAGGAGAGUCUUUGCCUGAUCCGGGACGGCUCAGAGCACGGGCACUCUUUCUGCUUCCUGGGACAAUCCCAGGCCUGGAUGCUCAAAACCCAGAACUCCCAGUGCCUGCGAGAGGUGACAAAGAAAAAGAAGGUGGCCAGCCAGCCGGGAGCAGGAGAUGCAGAGCACCGUCAAUUACCUGUGGCACACGGACGACCUGCUGGGACAGGGGGCCACUGCCAGCGUGUACAAGGCCCGAAAUAAGAAAUCCGGAGAGCUGGUGGCCGUCAAGGUCUUCAACACGGCCAGCUACCUGCGCCCCCGCGAGGUGCAAGUGAGGGAGUUUGAGGUCCUGCGGAAGCUGAACCAUCAGAACAUCAUCAAGCUCUUUGCGGUGGAGGAGACGGGGGGCAGCCGGCAGAAGGUGCUGGUGAUGGAGUACUGCUCCAGUGGGAGCCUGCUGAGCGUGCUGGAGAGCCCUGAGAACGCCUUCGGGCUGCCUGAGAACGAGUUCCUGGUGGUGCUGCGCUGCGUGGUGGCCGGCAUGAACCACCUGCGGGAGAAUGGCAUCGUCCACCGAGACAUCAAGCCCGGGAACAUCAUGCGCCUGGUGGGGGAGGAGGGGCAGAGCAUCUACAAGCUGACGGACUUCGGGGCCGCCCGGGAGCUGGACGAUGAUGAGAAGUUCGUCUCCGUCUACGGCACCGAGGAGUACCUGCACCCGGACAUGUAUGAGCAGGCAGUGCUUCGCAAGCCCCAGCAGAAGGCUUUCGGGGUGACGGUGGAUCUCUGGAGUAUUGGGGUGACCCUGUACCACGCAGCCACCGGCAGCCUGCCCUUCAUCCCCUAUGGAGGGCCCCGGCGCAACAAGGAGAUCAUGUACCGGAUCACCUCGGAGAAGCCAGCCGGGGCCAUCGCAGGCAUCCAGAAGCGGGAGAACGGGCCCCUGGAGUGGAGUUACACCCUCCCCGUCACCUGCCAGCUGUCCACGGGGCUGCAGAGCCAGCUGGUGCCCAUCCUGGCCAACAUCCUGGAGGUGGAGCAGGCCAAAUGCUGGGGCUUCGACCAGUUCUUUGCGGAGACCAGUGACAUCCUCCAGCGAGUCAUCGUCCACGUCUUCUCCCUGCCCCAGGCCGUCCUGCACCAUGUCUACGUCCACACACAUAACACGAUAGCCAUCUUUCUGGAGGCUGUGUACGAGCAGACCAACGUGGCCCCCCAGCACCAGGAGUACCUCUUUGAGGGUCACCUCUGUGUCCUCGAGCCCAGCCUCUCAGCACAGCACAUCGCCCACACGACAGCAAGCAGCCCCCUGACCCUGUUCAGCGUGGCCAGCGAGAUCCCCAAGGGACUGGCAUUCAGGGACCCUGCUCUGGACAUCCCCAAGUUCGUCCCCAAAGUGGACCUGCAGGCAGAUUACAACACAGCCAAGGGUGUGCUGGGCGCUGGCUACCAGGCCCUGCGGCUGGCACGGGCCCUGUUGGCUGGGCAGGAGCUGAUGCUUCGGGGGCUACACUGGUUUGUGGAGAUACUCCAGGCCACGUGCAAGCGGACGCUGGAGGUCACGAGAAUGGCCCUCCUCUUCCUCAGCAGCAGCCUGGGCAACGAGAGGUCCAGCAGUGUGGCUGGGGUACAGGAGAUCCAGGAACUGAAGAGGGCGGCAGAGAUGAGGUCCCAGCUACGGACUCUGGCUGAGGUCCUCUCCAGAUGUUCCCACAACAUCACAGAAACGCAGAUGACCCUGAGCAACCUGAGCUCGGAGCUGAUGAAGAACCGGGAUCAGGUACAUGAGGACAGAAGCAUCCAGCAGAUUCAGUGCUCUUUGGACAAGAUGUGUCUCAUCUACAAACAGUUCAAGAAAUCCAGGAUAAGGCCAGGGCUUGGCUACAACGAGGAGCAGAUUCACAAGCUGGAUAAGAUGAAUUUUAGUCAUUUGGCCAAAAGGCUUCUGCAGGUGUUCCAGGAGGAGCGUGUGCAGAAGUACCAGGCGUCCCUGGUCACACACGGCAAGCGAAUGAGGUUGGUACAUGAGACCAGGAACCACCUGCGCCUGGUGGGCUGUUCCGUGGCCGCCUGUAACACCCAAGCCCAGGGAGCCCAGGAGAGCCUCAGCCAGAUUCUUGACCAGCUAGCUCACCAGCUCCUUCAGGACAGAACACGGGGGGCUCAGGCCUCACCACCCCUUAUGGCUCCUUAUCCCAACCCUGGACUAAAGGACCUGGUUCUACACAUGCAGGAGCUCUGUGAGGAGAUGAAGCUGCUGGCGUGCGACCUCCAGGACAACAACCGCAUCAUCGAAGGGUUGAAUAGGGUCCCGGCGGCUCCUGACAUCUGAGCUCUGGGAGGUACGCGAGGCAUCCUGAAGCAUUAGACUCCUUCAAACACUGCUUUCCUGUCUACACUGUGGGACCCAACACGGGACGAUGCCUGGUCCCAUCUCAUCAGCCUACCUCCCUCCUGGCUGCCAGCCAGGAGACAUCGCCAGCAUUACCUUCCAUUGCCUUCCUGCAGGAAGCAGCACAGUGGGACCUGGGGCACAAGGCCAUGCCCAGUGGGCUUGCAGACCACUGCCUGGGAUGACCUUGACAUUUCGUGCAGGCUCGGGUACCGCACCUCUGUCACCCUGGCCUGUAUGGCUGAACCUGGCCCAGGCCGCUGGGAGAAGGGGCUCCAUCCAAGAAGCACCCCCUCCACCCAGCCGCUCUGGUGACAGGGCUUUGCUCCUCAGGGAACAGAAGAGGAAGCCUCCUGGGGUUUCCCAGCAUCCUGGGUCAGGUGACCUCAUGUCAGUCCUCCUUCUUCAGGGUUCUUCACGCUGAGCACACAGCCCUCUCCCCUCUCUGUUAUCGCUGAGGGUUCCCGUGUGGCUCCAGGCAUGACAGAGCCUGAUUUCCCUUCUCUGGUCUGGCCGAGCCUAAAGCUGAGACAGCGGGUGGUCAAGGCCCAGUGCCAGUGUCUCAGGGAUCCUUCCUCCUUCUGAGGCACUGCUAAGUUCAGGGGUUUGCAGGCAGUGGUGCCCACGGCAGCCAUGCCCAUUAGCACAGGCCCAGGAGUCCCAAAUCUGGAAGACGUCAAGGUCCACACCUUCAGGACGUGGAAUAAACCUGACAAUCUUUUCUAUU